AUGAUGAUUAAUUUCGUACCAAUUUUCAUGCUUUUCUUGUGUCGUCAUUGCUAUGCAGAUACCAACGAACACGGGGGUUCGAUCUGCUGGCCGUCGUCAGAAGCUAAAAGCUCUUCCGCCUGGACGGAAAACGUAAACACCUUGUUCACCAAACUGGAAGCAAACGUCAUCCUCAACAACGGCUAUUACAGAGCCGAGGCGGGGGAAAAAGGCCCCGACAGAGUGUACGGACUCAUACAGUGCAGAGGCGAUAUUUCAAAGUCCAACUGCGCUAACUGCACCAGAGAGUCGUUCAUUUUGAGCGCCAACAGCAGCGCGUGUGGCGGCGCGGGGAAUAAAGGCGUCCUGAUCUGGCAGAGUUGGUGUUUGCUAAGGUAUUCGAACGCGAGCUUCUACGGGACUUGGGAGAAAUCGAGUUUAACUGUAUAUCGAUCGAACAGCUCGAGUUUGGGAGAGCCGGCGGCGGCGGCAAAGGGGAGGACGAUGUUGCUGGGGCUGGCAGCGGCGGCUCCUGGAGAGAGUUUGAUGUUCGCGACGGGGGAGGUGGAUGUCGACGGCCUUGGCGGGAAGAGGUAUGGGUUGGGCCAGUGCACCAGAGACUUGGGAAAGUCGGAAUGUAGGGAUUGUUUGGAGUGGUUGGUAAAGGCCUUUGGGACAACAGUUUCCGACGAUCGGAGUUGUCAAAUCAAUGGGGUGGGUUGUUUCAUGUUGUACGAUAAUACUCGGUUCUACUUCAACCUUACUGCCGAAGAAGGACUAGGAAAGCCGGCACCUCCCAAAUCAAAUGCAUCAAACAGAGGUUUGGCGGGACGAUUAUCGAUGGCCAUAACCAUUUUCAUGACAACAAUGGCGUUUCUCUAA